AUGGCUCUCACCGAACUCCUAAUCUCCCCUUGGGCCCCCGUAGCUCUCGUCGUUGCUUUCGUCGCCUGGUACAUCCUCCCCUGGGUCAGCAACAAAGAACUCCGCGGCAUCCCAGCUCCUUUCCCAGCGCAGUUCAGCAAUCUUUGGCUACUAUCGACAUGUCGGCGUGGAAAGCGUUACGAGGUUGUUGAUCAGGUCCACAAGAAGCUGGGUGUUCUUGUUCGCAUUGCGCCUAACCACGUUAGUGUCGCGGACGCUGAUGCUAUCAACACUAUCUAUGGACAUGGAAAUGGCUUCCUCAAGGCUGACUUUUACGAUACCUUUGUAUCCAUCCGUCGCGGUCUUUUCAACACACGCGACAGAGCUGAGCACUCCCGCAAGAGAAAGCUCGUGUCGCAUACUUUUGCCCCCAAGAGCGUUUUGGAGUUUGAGCCAUACAUCCGUCAGAACCUCCAGGUUUUCAUCAACCAGUGGGAUAGCAUCUCGAGCAAGAAGGAAGCUGAUGGAUAUGGAAGCGUUGACUGCCUCAAUUGGUUCAACUUUCUUGCUUUUGACAUCAUUGCCGACCUAGCCUUUGGUAAACCAUUCGGCAUGCUUACCUCUGGAGAGGAUAUCGCUGAAGUGAAGGCUUCCCCCACAAGUCCCACCAUCUACGCACCCGCAGUCGAGAUCAUGAACCGUCGCGGAGAAGUCUCCGCUACUCUCGGAUGUCUCCCCCAGCUCAAGCCCUACGCCAAGUAUCUUCCUGAUCCAUUCUUCAGCAAGGGCCUCCAGGCCGUUGAGAACCUUGCGGGUAUCGCUAUUGCCAGAGUCAGUGAGAGACUGGAGCGCGGCGGAGAUUCCACACGAAAGGACCUUCUGGCUCGUCUUAUGCAGGGUCGUGAUGAAAAGGGUGAACCUCUUGGUCGGGAUGAGCUUACCGCUGAGGCUCUUACUCAGUUGAUUGCCGGAAGCGAUACUACCUCUAACUCAUCCUGUGCACUGCUAUACCACGUUGUUAGGACACCUGGAGUGAUGGAGAAGCUCUUUGAAGAAUUAUCCGCCGUUGUCCCUGAAGACGUCGCUAUUCCCGACUACGAAUCUGUCAAACAUCUUCCCUACCUCGGCCACUGCAUCAACGAAACCCUCCGAAUCCACUCCCCCUCUGGCAUCGGUCUACCUCGCGAGAUCCCCGCCCACCACAAGGGCGUCACUCUCCACGGACGCUACUUCGGCCCCGGAACGGUCCUCAGCGUACCUACAUAUACCAUCCACCACUCUAAAGAGAUCUGGGGUCCUGACGCGGACGAAUUCCGACCUGAACGCUGGGAGACCCUGACGGACAAGCAGAAGAUCGCAUUUAUCCCCUUUAGCUACGGUCCGCGAUCUUGCGUGGGACGAAAUCUGGCAGAGAUGCAGAUGAGACUGAUUGCUACUACCUGGAUCAAGAGAUACAAUGUUGUUCUGAGACAGGAUAUUAUGGAGACGAGGGAAGGGUUCCUGCGAAAGCCUAUGGGAUUGGAUGUUGGACUGGCUCGACGAUAA